AAGAGAAGUAAAAAAUAAAUAAAUAUAAUAAUAAAAAUAGAGUAGAAUAAGUAAGUAAGUAAGUAAGUAAGUAGGUUUAAAAUAAAUAUUAAAAUAAUAAUGAAAGAUAUAAAAAAGAAAUUAGCUUAACAUUCUAAGAACAAGCGAAUAUCUAAGAAAAUUCUUAAAAAUGAUCUCAUAAAAGAUAAAUUCACAGUUUAUCUUUCAAAUUUUUACUUAUUUAUUCAAGUAGAAGAUAAUUCGAGGUCAUUACCUUAGCAAUACUUUAAGAUACUUGUUUUUAUUUAUUUCUUUUAGUUGUUUGGGAUUUGCACCUCAAUUCCACCUUUAAAUUAGAUCUUUUCAGACACAUUUUAAUUUGCCAUCCAAUUCUCAUAGUUUUUUAGGGUUUCUGCAGCGUUAGCUUAUUGGGAAAAUGACUACUAAAUGAUAAUUUGGAUGGUAUUACUGCUGAUCUAAGAUAUUUACUUUAUCUACUGCUCCUUUGUGCUUGGCAUUAAAAGCACUAAAGAUAGCACCAAUAAUUUUAAAAAGUAAUCAAUAAAGAUAAAGUAUGUUUUAAUACAACUUGACAUGCUUAAAUGGGUUAUGUUGAUUAUAAAAAUGGAUUUCGUCUUUGGUUGGUUUAACUGUUAUAAUGAAUGGACAAAUACUAAUAGCUAAAAUACUAUAUCGCAUCGAUGUUUGAUGUUACCAAGACUUCCUAAGGAUUUAAAUUAAAUUGGAUUUUUAGUAAUAUCAGCAGUCUUAUUAUUAACAAGUGUAAUGAUAAUAUUUGUUAGCAUAUUUAUUUAUAACUCAGCGGAUUUGGUGAAUAAGAAUAAUUUAAAAACACCUUUCUCAUAUACAAAAAUAAUAGAGUAUAUUGGUAUAAUAAUUUUAGUUGCUAUUAGUUAUUCUGAAUCAUAGUUAUUUAUGAUUAUCGCUACUCUUAUAUUUGUUUUUUUACUAGUUGUAAAUUUAAUAAGAUAUUUUCCCUAUCCUUCUCGAGAAAUAUCAUUAUUUUACUUAAAUGCUAUCAGCAUAUUAAUUAUAAAUCUCUCUAUGUACAUAUUCUACACAUUUAGUCCAAGGACUAAUUAACAAAACUAUUUUUUUACAUCUAUCAUACUAUGUACUUUAUCAAUAGUUUUCAACGAGACUAUCUGGAAUUUCAUCAUUCAAAGUAUUAAUAGGUAUAACAUUGUUUUUAGCAAGAAAAAAGAUCUAAGCAAACAACUUCUCUUCUUUACUACUGUACUAGAACUCAUUAAAAAAUCUUAAAAAAAUGAAGAUGCAUACAUCAAGUUGUAGGGUUUGAUGAACUAGCAUUAAAUAGAAUGCAAAGAUAUAAAUUGCCCUUGUAUUUCUAAAUUAUAUGAAUAGAAAUAUAAAUCUGAUACUCAGAGAUAGCUAGAAUUAUAAUUAGAGAAACAAGCCCUGACUUCUAUUGCUAUUUAAGAAGAUCAGAGAUUAAUUAAGUCAAAAGCGAGAGGCAUUUAUUUAUAUGAACUAUCUCAAAACAAAGAAAAUUACAUCUAGUGGAUCUUAGAAUUUAUAGAUUACUAAUUUACUCUCUGCAUUAAAUUUUAAAAGCAAAGUCAUGAACUUGAAGAGUUUUGUUUAAAAUUUUGGUAUUUUUAGUGUAAAGUGAAAAACAAUUAAAUUAAAUGUCUCUACUUAGUUAAACAUCAUACCUAAAUGUUCUAAGAAAAAUCCAUAUUCUUUAAGAUAGUUGAAAUUGCAAUGACUCAGUUCAUAGAAAAUAGAAUUAAAGAAAAGGACAAAUCACUUAGAUACUCUUACAGACUUAAAGAUACUUAAGAAGCAAUUAUGUAUGAAAGAUUUGAAAAUUUCGUGCUUUGUGAAGAAAAGAAAGUGAUGAUAAAGUAAGAAGUAAUUGAUUUGAUACAAAAGAAGAUAUAGUAUAAUGAAAAACUUGUAGAAGGAUAUAAUACAAUUAGUGAGCUAUACAAAGAUAUAAUGAAUCUCAUGGCUGGGAUAAACAGGAUAGAAAGAAUUCUUUUGCAUGAGCUCAGAUAAUCAAAAGAAAAUAUACACUUUAUGAGAAUGCUUUCGUUGAUCAAAUUUAGACUUAUUAAUGACCCUAUUUUUACAGAAAAGUUAGAAACUUAAUUAAAUGAGCUGUAUAGAAGAGAUGAGUUUUAAGAUAAAAAUAUUGUUCACUCUCUUACUGUCUUAAAGGGUAAUGUGGUUACUAUUAUAGCCUCUUUUGGUGGAAAAGAAAAAGGUUUGAUUCUCAACUACUCAGAAAGAACUCCUUAAUUUUUUGGAUAUAAAUCAAAUGAAUUUUACUAAAUUAACUCUGUUAAAAUGUUAAUGCCUUACUGUGUCUCUAAAGAGCAUGAUUACUUUAUUCAAAGAUUAAUAGAAUAAGGAACUCAUAAUAUUUUAAGAUCUUACAGACCAACAUUAGCAAAAAAGAAAGAUGGAUUUUUGUUUCCUAUAAAAAUUUAUGUGAAUUACUAUUUUGGAAUAUAGAAUGAAUUGUGCUUCAGUAGUUUAGUUUUAAAAGUAUAGACUAAUUCUCAUUAUGUAUUGAUUGACAAGCAAGGGUACAUUUAAGGUGUGUCUGAAAAUUUCUAUAAACCUAUUUUAUCUGAGUUAUAUGAAUAUGAAUGUGAAAAUCUAGACAUUAUUAAAUCAAACAUUAGGCUAUUUUGUCCAACUGUAUAUUAAUUAAUUGAAAACUACACUUCUAAGUAGGAUUUAAGUAAUAUUAGAUGUGAGUUCUUCUUUCCAAAAAGAUUCUAGGAUAUACUCAAAAAUUUCUAGUAGGAAUGCCAUAUUUUUUAGAGCUAAAUUGAAAAAUCUGAAUAUGGGAACAAAAAUUAGAGAGACAGCAACGAAAAAUUUAAAUAAUUCCUGAACGACUUUCUUAAGAAGAAUAAAAAUUUAUAUGAAAAUACUCUUUCAUAUGAAUUAUCCUUGAAUUUGGAAUAAGAACACAUUCGAUUAAUUGACGGGAGAAGUUUAAUUUUGUAUGUAGUCGAAAUUACCACUUUUACUAUGAAUGAUAAAGACUUAACUUCUACUUUAGGUACUACUUAAGUAACAAAAACUACAGUUUUCUAGAAAAUUUAUAAUGGAUUGAAUGAAAAUACCACUCAUUUAGCUUCAAAAUCUAAAGAGCCUUUUAUAGAAUCAAGUUAAAAUAUUUUAAUCAACUAAUCUCCUUAAAAUCAUUUGAAUAUUAUGGCAUCUUAGUUCACAGUCAAGAAUGAAGGCAAUCAUAAAAAUGACAGCUAAGAAAUUUAAGAUACUUUUGAAGACUUAAAAUAAGAUACAGAACAAGAAAUAGAUAUAUUUUAAUCAAACAGAUAGCUUCCUUAACACCAAAUCAUAUCCUCAAGGACAAAUAUUAUGGGUUAAGAUGGAAAGUUGAAGGUAGCUUCAAAUUUAGCAUGUGUUGAGAGUUCAACCACGUAGUAUUAUAAUAAUAUUAACUUAUUAAAGGUUUAUGAAUCUUUAGAUAAAUAAAGAGAUGAAAUUUUGAAAUAGCUCCAGAAAGAAGAGAAAGAAAGAGAAAAGCUAGAAACUAAUGAAAACGAUGAAAGUAAUGAAAAAAUAGAAUCAAAAGAUAGCUAAUCACAAAAAUCACCCAUUUAAAUAUGCAGAGAUAGGAAAAAAAGCUUUAAAAGGUAAAAUAGCGAAAAGUUAAUAGCUGAAAUUCUAACUAAAGGACCAGAUGAAUUUUAAGAGUAUAAAAUUUCAAAUGUAGAUCUUUUCGAAGAUUAGGUAUAGAAAGAUACCAGAGCUUAAAUGCUUGUUACCGAUUUAGAUAAAUUAGAUGUAUCUACUUCAAUCCAAUAAGCUUUAAGUAGUGGUGUUUAUGCAAAAAAUUAACAUGAAGGGUAAUAAGUUUUUCCAGUUUAAUAAGUCAAUCCAUCGUUAAAAUAAAGCAUUAGACCAAUGAUGCUUUAAACUUCUGCACGAAAGUAUAGUUUGUAGGUAAAUCCUUUAAUUUCUUUUACCUUGUAGAAGUAAAAUACACUACAAUCACCUCACAGUGCUUAUGUAGUAGCAGAAAAAAAUGAUAAAGUGCUUGUCUCUGAUAAUUAAUUACAAACACAUGCUAUAGAAGCUACUUAAGAAAAUGACCGCUCCCAGUAAAAUAUCAACGAAAGUCAAAUGCUUUUUAAAUCAAACUAGGGAGUUAAUUUGAAUUACCUAGAAUAAGUAUAGGAAGCAGAAAUUUAAGUCAAUAAUGAAGAAUUCACUGACGACACUAAAAAUAUUCAUGAAUAUAUAUCUGAAGACGAUAAAAACAUGAAUGGUGGUGAUUAAAAUUAAUCUCAAAAAAGUCGCAGUAAAGCCAAAGCAAAUUAAAUGUAGAUAUAAGAGAGGAAUUAAUAAGCUAGUAUAAAUAGCAGUGAAGUGAGAUCCACUAUAAAUACUCAGAUCAAGUAAAUUCACUAGAAUGCGUGCAGCAACUAAUCACCUUUAUUUCUAAAGAUUCUAUUUAGCAUAUUUGUAAUUUAGUGGUUUUUGUUUAUCAUUAUGGUAACAAUACAAACAUUAAUUAUAUUCUAAUAUUUCGAUACUAUAUAGUAGAAUUUAGAUAGAAUAUUACUGUUUCCUUAAGCAAUUAUUCCACUAUCAAAAAGUAUUCUAUCACUGAAUUUCUAAGUAUUUGCUAAUGAAAACCGUAUUAACAUGACUGGCCUUUACAAUAUUGCUUAAGAAUAAAACUACUUUCACUCUGUGGUUGAAGAUUCAUUUAGCCUUUUUUAAUAAAAUUCAAUUGAAGCAUUUUAAAGAAAUAUUUUAUUUAACUAUUAAAAAGAUAUUUUAAAUUUAGAAAGUAAAAUGAUACUCACUCAAAAUGAUAUUAAAAAUAAUUAUUUCUUAACAAUCACUGACAUGCUUAAUUUAGCAAGCCAAAUUAUUUAUACAUUUUCAUUGCAAAACAAUUAUAACACUAUAAAUUCAUAAAAUUCUGACUUUGAUUAGCUUUAGGAUAACUUUUCAACGAUUUGCAGCUCUUUCAGUUAGAUUAAUUCUGAAAUUUACAACUCUUUAUUUUCUACUUUUUCAUCUUUCCAGUCAUUUAACGGAAUUAAUUUUGGGGUCUCUUUAGUGAUUAUAGUAUCAAGCUAUAUAUUUGUUUUACCUAGCUUUCAGCAAGUCAACAAAAGACUUUAAGAUAUUUUAAAACUAAUUUGUAGAAUUACAGAGAAAGAAGCAUUUGAUGAUAUUCAUAUGCUUACCAUCUUCUAAGAAUAAUUAGAGUCUUCUUAUGAAGAAUACUUAGUUUGCUCAGUAGUAGUUAAUCUCCUCGAAACAAAUUUAUCAAAAUAAAAAUCACUAGCCACUAACAAUAACUAAAAGAAGUAAAGAAAAAUUGGCUAAUACCUUUGUGAUAGAAUUAAAGAACAAACCAUUUCAUAGACUUCUUUCUGUUUGCUUCUCUUAUUGCUAUUUUUGAUUUGCUCAGUUUUUUUCAUAGCUGAAUUUAUUCUUUUGAAGAUUUUCAUAGAAAAUACUUAACCUCCAAGCUAAACUUUUUAUGAUUUUUAUGUCUCUACUACAAGUUUAUCUACUUCAGCUGCAGCUCAUAAUUUGCUAUUUAAGCACUAAAUUUACUCCAAACUUCUAGGCUCUCCAUACUUAUCUUAAGAGGUUUACCAAAACACAACAAAUCUCUUCAAUGAUCAAUUCACAACAGCUUAAAAUUUUUUUAGCAGCGAAUUCUUAAAAUUUAAAGACAAUCUAAGCUAAAUGCCCUAAUCAUUUUAAAAUUAGAUCACAUUCUUAUAAACAAAUACUCCGUGCUCUAACAAUACAUAUAAUAUCUUAUCUACUUUAGAAUAAUAAAUAUGUCUAAACGCGCUAUCUGGAAAUGUCAAUAAGGGUUUGUCAGCCUCUCUCUAGACUGUGUUUGCUUAUAUGUAUUAAAUGAAGGUAGAUAAUACAUUCGAUUACGGGUAUGGCAUUUAAUUUAUCAACACAACUGCCUAUAAAGAAAAUAUUUAGGUAGCUAUUUUAAAUAUUAAUAUCCUGCAAAAUUUAAUAAUUUAAUUCUAAAAUAAUAUUUAAUCAAUGAUAAACAAUUUUACACGUUUAAUCAUUAUCGUAUUUGUUGUGGGCUCAGUAAUAUAUUCAAUCUUUUUCUUUAAUAUACUUAUCAAAUUCCUAGAAAACCUGUUUUAAAACUACAAACUUGUGAGAAAAGGAAUAAUGCUUAUACCAUUUAAAAGGGUAUGCGAAGAUAAUAACACUCUUUCCCUGAUUAAAAAAUAUAUUUGAAUUAAAAUUAAUUAUUGUUAAAUAUUUUUAUUUUAUUCAUUAUUUUUAUAUAAAUUAAAACUAACAGAUUUAAAUAAAUACUUUUAUUUUUAUAUGUUUAUGUAAAAUAUACUCCCUUUUUAGUUAUUUUCAUUUUUAA